GCGAGCCCCGAGGGGAAGAUGUAUUGCACACAGAACACAAUGCAAAUGCACUCAGUAUAAAGUCUGUUACAGUAAUAAAAAUCCGCGUUGUGUCACUCAGUUAAAACGACAUUUAUAAUUUAUAUACGGUGGAGUGCGAUGGCGGGCGUCAUGGAAACAGAGGAGCAGGCGAGGAAUCGUUUCCAGUCGGAAUUGGAGUUUAUUCAGUGUCUGGCUAACCCAAAUUAUCUGAAUUUUUUGGCUCAGAGAGGCUACCUACGAGAAAAACCUUUCGUGAAUUACCUGAAGUAUUUGCUUUAUUGGAAAGAACCAGAAUAUGCCAAAUUCCUUAAAUAUCCUCACUGCUUGCACAUGUUGGAGCUGUUGCAGUACGAACAUUUCCGUAAGGAGCUGGUGAACGCUCAGUGUGCCAAGUUUAUAGACGAGCAGCAGAUCCUGCACUGGCAGCACUACUCACGCAAGCGCACACGCCUUCAGCAGGCUCUCGCCGAGCAGCAACAGCAGCAGCAACAGCAGGCGGCUACACACGGCAAUGCCACCUCAAAAUGAAGCUGCCACACAACGGCGAGUCAGGCGGACAGACAUACGAGUGUAAAUAUUGUACAUUUUUCUGUAUUUUUUUCUUUGUUUUGACUUUGAGCUUCCCUGUGAUCCCACAAUAACAAUAAAAGUUAAAAGAUUCUCAAUUAAAAUGUUGAGUUUUGAUGGAUAGUUAAUGCAUAUCUCAGAAAUGCCAGGAAGUCUAUUAAAUUAUGAACAUAGUACACCAAAUCCCGGUGAUUUUGUUCCCUCUUUAGUUGCUUGAACGUCAUUACAAACUUCACAUUAGAAGGAAUAACUAAUGACCGAUAUGAAAGUGAAAGACACACCCAGCACUGUAACAGCAAUGUCAUGUCAAAAACUCUGCUUUUCUUAUUCAGUGAAAAAAUAAAGACUUUUCUAUGACAUUUUGGCUUAAAUUCCUUUCUGAAGUAAACUAUAUGCACACACGCUGUCCCCAGGAUUAGUUCCAGAUCCACCACAACCCCGACAAGGAUAAAGUGCUUACUCUGAGUCAGUGAGUCAGUGAACGACUCUAUUAAUCUUUACCUAAUGAGAGUGAUGUGUCGGCGCUUUACUCUUUACACUUUAAUCUCUUCAGUUCUCUCAUCCUCUUAGUUCUACGCUCUGCUCAAACACAUCAGCUUCGAAAUCUUUAGCUUUUUAUACUAAUAUCACCAACACCAACACCAUCACGCUCAUCAUCUUGUAGAGUAUUUUAGGGACUCUGCAUCUUAUAGCUGCAUUACAUUCUGGGGCUUUAAGUCCAGUGUUUGCCCCAACAUCAUUUCUUCUACAUGGGAUUUCUCACUAGUGAGCCUUGCUGGAGAAAACAAGCUCUGGCUCUUUUAGGCUAACAGCUGAUAUGUUUGAUACUGAACUGCUGAAUGCAAUUUUUCUUCUUUAGUAAUAAAAACGCCUACCUUAUGAAUGAAUACAUUUUACUUAUUAAUAAAUUAGAUAAAAACCAGAAAAGUAUUUUACUAUAAACAUGUUUAAUAUGGCCCUGCGAUGGGUUGGCACUCCGUCCAGGGUGUAUCCUGCCUUGAUGCCCGAUGACGCCUGAGAUAGGCACAGGCUCCCCGUGACCCGAGGUAGUUCGGAUAUGCGGUAGAAGAUGAAUGAAUGAAUGUUUAAUAUGUUUUGAGUUGAAGUUUUCCUUCAGUCUAUUUUAAUAUUUGGAUUAGGGGAGAGCAGGGAACAGCCUCAUACCUGCUUAAAUGUAGCAUGGACCAGAUCUGUCUUUUUUAUAUAUUUUGUUUUAUACAACAUUAAUUUGCUACCACUAAUUUUUCAGUUCUAAGAGAUGUAUGCAUUUCUUUUAAAAAAAAAAAAAUCGGAUUAUUCUACUUAUAAGUAUAUUACUAUUGGUUAAAUUGGGUUAAAAAAAACUGUGAGCCCCACAGAACUGUAUAUAAUCUUUAGACAGUUAAACCAGCAAAACAGUUUUUUUUUUUGUAUAAUUUGCAUGUAAAUUAGGCCUUAUGAUUACAACAUUGUGAGAAUAAUUGUAUAAAAUACUUAAUCUUCUACUGAUAAUGUUGCAGACUUUCUGUACAGAGCUCAUUGUUCUUUCUCUCCCCGCCAUACGAACGUAUGCACGAUGUUUAAGGGAAUUCGUCACUGGUUAUUGAACCAGUGGAAUACCGCGAGUAGAAAACGUCUCUAAGGGUAUAGGCUAUAAAUUUAUUUGAUCGCCCUCUCUGUCUCGGUCGCUGGUCUCCAAUUGUGUUGUGUGUGUUGUGUUGUGUUGUUUGUGUUGUGCUGUGUUGAUUGUGUUGUGUUGUUUGUGUGUGUCCUUUAGUUGGACAUGGGUAAUUCAAGAACAAAAUAUCCUAAGCCAGACCACGAGGGAACUCCUUGUGACUGGAAGAAUCGUUGUGGUCUAGGUUGUUAUACUACUCCCCUGGCUAGAUAAUUUAGCAGGGUGGACCGAAUCACAACCUCAGUUUUUGACAUAUCCUCACGGUGGUAUUUUUAAACCUGAAUAUUUGGCGUCUGCUUACAUUCAAAUUUAUGACGGCUUCGGGGAUCCUGAUUAGGAUUAUCAUUACAUGAUAGACGGUUAGAAGAAAUGGCUAGAAAUGAAACUAAUCUGGAUGUGCACAUCGCUGAGUAUUCUGCUGCCCUGAUUGACACUUUAUCAAAACACUAUGAACAAAUUUCAGCAGCUAUACCUGUCAUUUCUAAGGCGCCGACCCAUCCCUUUCAAGUGGGAGAUACGGUCCUAAUUAAAUCAUUAAAACCUAAACCAUUGGGUGAAAGUAAAUAUGAUGGGCCAGCGGAAAUAGUCGCGAUUAUGCGCACAGGUGUAUUAACUAAUCUUUUUCCACAAUAGAUCCAUGCUACCAGGGUGAAGAGAUAUCCUCCUGGGGUCGACUCGUGUGUCACCAUUUUCUUUAUGUUACAGAGAUAUAGCCUUCUAAUCCUCCCAUGAGUUUUCUAGAAGGUGCCUUCAACCUCCUGGCUUCUCCCACCAUCACUCCACGACGCCCAGCAGUGACCCCACGGACCCUUCUGUGACGGUUCUUAAAAGCUGCAGGAGGUGACAGGAAAGGCUGAAGAAAACUGAACGACCACCUCUAGUUGAGCACAGGACACAAACCCAGUGACCAAUAUGGUUGUCAUCCUCCUCAUCUUGAUCGUCUGCCUUGUGACAGGGUUACACGUCCAAGCGCAUCUUCACGACAACGAAUUCUGGAAAUUCACCAAUUGGACGGCCAGGCAACAUACUAACGAGUCGUUUUAUGUGUGUCAGGUGUUUCCAACGUCCGCCACCACAACUAGCCUGAAACCUCGAAAUGACACUCUUGACACUACCCUCACAGUGAUGUCCCAGAUCUGCAUCUCCAGAACGUGCAUAUCAGGCAAAACGACAGAGAAAGGACACGAAAAUGAACAUAUAAGAUAUCUAAACAGAACUGGUGCUAGAUGGUGUCCAAACAACACAAACGACGAGUUCUUUUGUAUAAACGCAUUAAAAACAGCAUUGAAGAUGGACCAGAAAGGCAGUGCUUUCGUGAAGGACUUCCAGGGACCUAACCACCAGUAUACAGUUUGUGUAACAGCAGCGGGAAACAUUUUCUUAGGAAAUCUGACAACAAAAAGCUGUAACAAAACCUACACAGCAUGUGAAUUAGGACAGGAGAAUGCAAGCACAUGUUCCCUGAUCUACCCAGGUGAAACCGGCUCUACGUGGAAGCAGGACUGGUACUAGGUAUGUGGAAAAAAUGUCUACCUGUAUCUACCCAAAGGGUGGGGCGGAACAUGUGCACUCACACAAUUUGCUUCACAUUUAUCUAUAAUCAAGGGUAAUUGCACCCAUAAUGUUCGUCACAAAAGGUCUCCAAUGAUCCAACCUUCCCACCCCGUGAACAUCAAUUAAAAACUAAAGUUGCUGUAUAAUAAUAAUUGUAUAAAAUACUUAAUCUUCUACUGAUAAUGUUGCAGACUUUCUGUACAGAGCACAUUGUCUGUGCACACACACACACACACACACACCCCCAAAUACACACUCUUCCACACAGGAACAAAUGGUCCUGCCACAAAACACCCCUGCCUUAAACAUUCUUUAUGUUAUCAGCCAUGGGAAGCGGGUGAGCAGCUUUAAGUUUCUCGGUGUUAACAUCAGCGAGGAUCUCACCUGGGCCACACACACUGACGCAGUACUGAAGAAGGCACAUCAACGCCUCUUCUUCCUGAGACGGCUGAGGAAGUUUGGAAUGAGCCCCAGCAUCCUCAGAACAUUCUACACCUGCACUAUAGAGAGCAUCCUGACGGGCUGCAUCACUGCCUGGUUUGGAAACAGCACCGCUGUGGUGAGCUUCCCUCCCUCCAGGACAUCUACAGCAGGCGGUGUAUAAGGAAAGGCCCGGAGGAUCAUCAAAGACUCCAGCCACCCGUCCCACAUACUGCUCUCUCUGCUUCCCUCAGGAAGACGCCUCCGCAGCAUCCGAUCCCGCACCAGUCGACUGAGGCAUAGCUUUUUCCCUCAGGCUAUCAGACUUAUUAACAGUCAUAACUAAUACACCCUACAGCAUACUUUCACAAUAUGUUAUGCCACACACUGCACUUUAACUUCGGACUAUCCACACUGGACUAUACACACACACUGCAUUAUACACACUGGACUAUACACACACACUGCAUUUAAUACAAUAAUCCAUCUGUUACCACUAGAUACCAUCCGAUGCACAUCCAUGUCACUUCUGUACCUGUACAAUCUGUUGCACCUUAUAAUAUUUUAUAUAUAAUAUAUUUACACAUAUACGUAUAUAAGUACAUACUGCAUAUAAUGUGUAGUGCUACUGUAAGGAUGCCCAAUAGUACACUGUGUGUACUGACUAUGUGUAUGAGCAUAUUGCACAUGUUCACAUGUUGAUUUCAUUAUCUGUUUGUUAAUUGUGUCGCUUUGUAGAAGCCAACGUUCUGUUUUCCUAUUUAAGCUUAGACAAAAAUGUAUCAAGAGUAACUCCUCCUAGGGCUUUCGAGUCACAUGCACCAAAUUCGGAUAUGUUGUAGACGCUGGUCUGAAGUUUGUUGCUUUUACUUUUCUAAGCGAUCCGAGUACCGGUACUUCCGGUACCGGGUCUCAAAGUGGCCUUUUUUCCCAUAGACUCCCAUUAUAAACUUUGGAGGUUUAUAUAGUAACUCGGCAAGCUUUCGAACUAACUACACCAAACUCGGCCAGCUCCUUUAGGGUGAUACUCUGAACAAACUUUUAAAUUGGUGUACCGACUGGCCUUCUGGUUGUGCCGCAGCCCCGCCCCCAAAAUAUGCAAAAUCCAAAAACUUUUUACAACAUGGACAUGUGACAUAUCAAAACACUCAGAACAAUGAGGGGAACUUUCUCACGUGUAUUAUGAUCACGUCACAUGACGUCACGUGAUAUCACGUGAAAAUCAAUACUUAGCACAACAUGGACAUGUGACAUCAAAACACUUCCUCAAGAGUAUUCGGAUGACGUCACAUGCUCGUCUCCACUUGCCUCCAAAUGUUUUGGCACCCUAGCUUUCUGUCCACUUGCCUCCAAAAGUAACACUAAGCCUUAUGUCCACUCGCCUCCAAAAAGCACCGGCCUUUGCAAAUACUUGCAUCGUCAAAGCCAACAUCAAAGUUUGUCACGACAAACUUUACAAAUCUAGUUGUACAUAUUGUACACACAUAUUGUACUGACUGUAUGUAUGAGCAAAUUGCACAUUUUCACCUGUCAACUCAUUAUCUGUAUAAUUGUUCUGCAAUUUCUGGAGUUCGCUCCUAAGAAUUUCACUCACCAAGGCACAUGUGCUGUGGUGAUGUGACAAUAAAAGUGACUUGACUUGUGACUUGACUUGACUAAGGGGAGUGUGGGUUCACGUGCCUGAUAAGAUCUGACUUUAUUGGGGUGACAGAGAACACAGAUGCACACACACAUACCAACACACACACACACACUACACCCUCCCUCUUCUUGUACGACUAUACAUUCCUGUUUUACCUAAUAAACUUUGGAACUUCUCUUUGAAA